AACGCUGUGGAAGGAAGCGGAAAUAAACGUCGCAAACCUUAUGCUAGUAGCUAGAUUUAGGCUUCUAGGACGGGGUGUAGCGACAUCAGACACACAUCGUUUGCUGCUUUUCAAGAGGAAACAGUGAGUGGAUAAUUACGCGAUAGGAUUUUGUUUGUUACGGUGGCAGCACAGAAACGGAAUAUAUCGAGUGGUACCUUACUGUGUGACCUUUAUGUGAGGUCUAAGUCCACAAGCAACGGGUCACAGACGGGAGGAGAGACUCGGAGAAAAGCAUCUUGCCACUGAAGCCUGGAUAAGUGUUUUCAUUUCGUACUCAGUCCCCCAAACACGACUACAGCCAAGCACUUUCCCAUCACGCAACUAGGACCAUGGAGGCCAUUGCCAAAUACGAUUUUAAAGCCACUGCUGAUGAUGAGCUUAGUUUCAAGCGUGGAGAAAUCCUUAAGGUAUUAAAUGAAGAGUGUGAUCAGAACUGGUACAAGGCAGAGCUAAAUGGAAAAGAUGGCUUCAUUCCCAAGAACUACAUAGAGAUGAAAGCCCAUCCGUGGUUUUUUGGGAAGAUUCCCAGGGCCAAAGCAGAGGAGAUGUUGAACAAACAGAGGCACGACGGUGCCUUCCUCAUCAGAGAGAGCGAGAGUGCACCAGGGGACUUUUCCCUCUCUGUGAAAUUUGGAAAUGAUGUCCAGCACUUCAAGGUUCUCCGUGAUGGAGCCGGAAAGUAUUUCCUAUGGGUGGUGAAGUUUAACUCCCUCAAUGAGCUGGUGGACUACCACCGUUCCACCUCAGUCUCCCGCAAUCAGCAAAUCUUUCUGCGAGAUAUAGAGCAAGUCCCCCAGCAUCCCACGUAUGUGCAGGCGCUCUUCGACUUCGACCCCCAGGAGGAAGGGGAGCUGGGUUUCCGACGUGGCGACUUCAUCCAAGUCCUGGACAACUCCGACCCCAACUGGUGGAAAGGCGGCUGCCACGGCCAAACGGGCAUGUUCCCCCGCAACUACGUCACGCCCGUCAAUCGGAAUAUGUAAAACAGUCAGACGGUGCAAAGCGCCGACCAACAGCAACAGCAACCAUCACCACCAUCACCAUCAUCAUCAACAUCAUCAUCGUUCUUGGUCUCAUCAGCCCCCCCCCCCCCCCCCCAAACCCCUGUUACCCCCAGAAAACCCCUCCACCCUUCUACUUCUUCUUCUUCGCCAUCCCACGAAAACAGGAGCAGACAGGAAGAACGCAAAACAAGUGAAAAGAGAGAGAGAGAGCUAAAACAGGAGUAGUGCCGUCGUAGGCGUCGCUGUGUGGGCGGCGGCUGAGCAAAAUCAACUUUAACUCAUGCUGAGAACGUUCACCUCGCCAGUGAACGCCUCAGUAAGGACUGAACUGUGUUUGAGGGAAAUAAAACAAAAAAAAGAAGAAAAAAAAAAAACACAGAGAAACUUAAAGCGUAGUGCACCAACCAUGAAGAUAACCAAACGAUUCUUCUGCAUAGAGAACUCCCACAGCUGCUUCUGUCUCCUCCUUAACUUCUUAACAUUCUGCCUUUCUUUAGUGUUUUUUUCUUCUUCUUUCCUUUGCCGCAUGUUGUUUUAAUCACCUAAAUGAAAUGCCUACCGAUAAAUCCUAACUGUUUUAAAGAAAAAAAUAAAAAUAUGAAAAAAGAAGAAAUGGUUUUAAAAAAUGUACAAAAUAGAAGAAGAGAGG